AGCAGCAGAGAUCAAGAACAUGUAUGCUCCUUGCCUUUCCACAUCCCUUCCUCUUCCUACUAAGACCUGCUAUUUGAUUAGUGCAUUUUUUGGUAUAACAGGAAGUCAUGUUCAUGGCAUACCCUGCGCAUGAGAAAGCGGGCGGAAAAGGAAAGCAGUGGCAAAACUGAAGCCAAUGGCCUACGUAAACCCAAGGAUAUUCUGGGCAACAAAGUCUCUGUUAAAGAGACAAACAGUUCAGAAGAGUCAGAAUGCGAUGACCUUGACCCCAACACUAGCAUGGAGAUCAUCAACCCAAACUUCAUCCAGGAAGUUGCUCCUGAGUUUCUCGUGCCGUUAGUGGAUAUCGCUUGCUUGCUUGGAGACACUGUAAUGUUGCAAUGCAAAGUGUGCGGGCGGCCCAAACCAACCAUCACCUGGAAAGGACCGGAUCAAAACAUGCUUGACAAUGACAGCAGCACAGCUGCAGUUACAGUUACCUCCUGUGAAUCAGGUGACAUUACCCUAAAGAUCUGCAACGUGAUGCCUCAGGACAGUGGCAUUUACACUUGUGUGGCAACAAAUGAACUUGGGACAGCAUCCACAUCAGCUACAGUCAAAGUACAAGGGGUCCCAGCUGCCCCAAAUCGGCCUAUUGCUCAGGAAAGAAGCUGCACUUCAGUGAUUCUCCGUUGGCUGCCUCCAUCCAGCACAGGAAACUGUACCAUUUCGGGCUACACAGUCGAGUACAGAGAAGAAGGCUCCCAGGUCUGGCAGCAGUCUGUUGCCUCAACUUUGGACACCUACCUCGUAAUUGAAGACCUCACGCCUGGCUGUCAGUAUCAGUUCCGGGUCAGCGCCAGCAAUCCCUGGGGAAUUAGUUUACCUAGUGAGGCCUCUGAGUUUGUGAAACUCCCAGAAUAUGACUCUGCAGCGGAUGGUGCCACCAUUACUUGGAAAGAGAAUUUUGACUUUGCCUAUACAGAGUUGAAUGAAAUUGGACGGGGCCGAUUUGCUGUUGUAAAGAAAUGUAUUCACAAAGCCACAAGGAAGGAUGUUGCAGUGAAGUUUGUCAAUAAAAAAAUGAAAAAGAAGGAGCAGGCAGCGCAUGAAGCAGCCAUGUUGCAACACCUGCAGCAUCCUCAGUAUAUCACCAUUCAUGAUACUUAUGAGUCACCUUCUUCCUACAUCUUAGUUUUAGAACUGAUGGAUGAUGGCCGUCUCUUAGAUUAUCUUAUGAAUCAUGAUGAACUCAUGGAGGAAAAAAUAGCUUUUUAUAUAAGAGAUACGAUGGAAGCUUUACAAUACCUUCACAAUUGUCGAGUGGCUCAUCUGGAUAUAAAGCCAGAAAAUUUGCUGAUUGAUUUACGGAUUCCAGUGCCACGUGUCAAGUUAAUUGACCUUGAAGAUGCUGUUCAAAUCACAGGCCAUUACCAUGUUCAUCAUCUCCUUGGAAACCCUGAAUUUGCUGCUCCAGAAGUUCUCCAAGGUGCUCCAGUGUCACUGGGCACAGAUAUCUGGAGUCUGGGAGUGCUCACCUAUGUCAUGUUGAGUGGUGUUUCUCCCUUCCUGGAUGAAAGCAGAGAGGAAACAUGCAUCAAUGUGUGCCGAGUAGAUUUCAGCUUUCCCAGUGAGUACUUUUGUGAUGUCAGCCAUGCUGCCAAAGAUUUCAUCAAUGUAAUCCUUCAGGAAGACUUCAGAAGGAGACCUACUGCAGCCACUUGCUUGCAGCACCCAUGGCUGCAGUUUCAUAACGGCAGCUAUUCCAAAAUACCUCUGGAUACCUCACGCCUGGCUAGCUUCAUCGAACGCCGCAAACACCAAUUUGAUGUGCGCCCAAUUCCCAAUGUUAAGAGUUUCAUUAUGAGCAGAAUGAACCCAGGAACGUAACUCAACACAACUAUUUUGAUGAUAAUGGAGCACUACAGCAGGGGGAAAUGGAAAUCUUCCUCUGUACAGAGUAUUACAUUUGAUGUGAUGUUGAGGAAAGUAUGUGUACUGUUUCAGGAGUUAACAUUAUCUAACUAGUUAGAAUUAGAUGCUUCCUAAGGUUGCCUGUGCAACCUCUUGGGUGGCUUGUUGUAAUUACAUGGUCAUGUUAAAUACAGAUGGAUGCUUAAAAGGGCAUCAGUUGAGAAUGGGAACCAAAAUACAGUUAUUGUAUUUCUGAAAGAUUUGAAGAUCUUUCAACCAUCUGAAAGAUUUAGACAGUUUUGCUGAUUAUAUGAAUAGUUAAAUGAUGUAUCUGAAAAUCAAUCAAAACUGAAGAAAUAAAACUAGGUGACUAUCUACGGUCAGCAUUUCUUAAACAAACUGGACUGGAUAAAUCGUGGUUUCUGUGAAAAUUGUUAUCCUUGAAGUGUUAAUUAAGGCUCAGAGCUGUCCUACAAGGCAGAUUUCAUUCAUCUGCAACUAAAAUUAACCUUGUAGUUAAAUUGCUGUUCUUGGGAUUCACAGUAACAGUUUUGCCAAUGAAGUGAUAGAUGUGUUGUGUUGAUCAAGAUUAUAGCAGACCUUUACCAAUAAGUCCUCUUGGGAUGCUACACAUUCUUUUGUUCAAGAUUAACAUACUAUAAAAUAGCAAUGAGCUACUGCUAAGAUGUAAAGUCAUUGAGACAACAACAAAAACAUUUAGAUGAAAGCACAAGACAAUUUUUUAUUAAAUUUUUAUAGCUCUUGUACAGAAAUCUUUUGUUGAGAAAAAGCUAUGUUAAAAUAAUUGCUGUAUCUGUAAACUAGAUGUCAAAGACUUUUUCUAUUGAAGGAUGUUUGUUGAAUCCUCAUAUAGUCUGCAACAUGAAAAGGAUCUUACUUCCCUUUCACUUAUAAAAGUUGCUCAGUUGUGAAAUCAAUCCAAAGUUGGCCAAAGUGUGGUAAAUAUAGUAGGUCCAUCUUUA